CUAGCCAUCAGAUUUUAAACGUGCGGAUCUGCGCUUGUUUGGAGGCGUUUUUGGACAUACACGGCCACGCACGGGCUGUCGGAGUCAUUCAUCGAUCGCCGACUCCAAGCUGCGCAGCACAAACCGCUCCAGGAGGCGCCAGAGACACCACAAGCUAGCCACCAGGCUGUCCUUCUGCCAGCUAAAACGCCGUCGACGAAGCGAAUCGCGUGCGAAAGACAUGCGCUGCGUCGCGCUCGUCGCUACGGCCGCCGCCCUGAGCGCGCCGAACAUCCGCGUCGCCGAGGUCCCGAAGCUCGCGGACCGUAUUGAUGUGACAACCACACCAUCACCAAUAGGGCACACGGAAGCGAUACAUUUUGUACCUUCGGGAGACAUUUUUGUGGACGACGACGCCCUCAUCGCGUCGCAAGUCACCGCGACGCGAAGUAGGAUGAUUUCCGAAGACGCGACGUUCUUUCAUCGGGCGGGGCCGCGACGAGAGGUCGUCUUUGAACAAAAUGAAGCUAAAGCGUGCAUCGUGACGUGUGGCGGCGUCUGUCCCGGCCUGAACACGGUCGUGCGAGAACUUUAUCUCUGCCUAGCAAAACAGUAUGGAGUGAACACAGUUUAUGGAGUGCAGAACGGCUACUCGGGCUUCAAAAAUUGGCAAAGAGAUGCGGUGAAGAUGGAUUCGAAGUUUGUGUAUGAAAUCCAGCGCAAGGGCGGCACCGUGUUACGUUCAUCGAGGGGCGGCCACGACACGUCGAAGAUCUGCGACGCACUGGAAGCGCAUGAAGUGAACAUGCUCUUCGUGAUUGGUGGGGAUGGCACCAUGAAGGGGGCCUGCAAGAUCGACGCCGAAAUGCAAAAAAGAGGUAAGAAAUGCGUCGUCUGUUGUGUACCAAAAACAAUUGACAACGACGUCCUGCUCCAGUGUCAAAGUUCAAGGGCCCUUCAAUUGAGGUGUUUCUCUCUCAUUACGGUCGCGUGCAUCGCUCGGAGGUCGUGGCCGAGUUUGGGCCGCUCCGAGGGCCGCGGCGCCGAGAUCGCGAGACGCGAAUGACUCUCAGAGUUAACGUCGUCGCCGCGACGGCGUCGGGCGACGCGACAUCGCCUCGACGCCGUCGAUGCGGCCGUCAGAGCGUCCACACAGGUCCCGUUGAUCGACAAUUCGUUCGGCUUCACGAGUGCGGUAGAAGCGGCCAUCCCGAUGAUCGAGGCCGCGAACACGGAAGCCGAGGCCUGCCCGAACGGGAUUGGCAUCGUGAAGCUCAUGGGGAGACAUUCGGGCUUCAUCGCGCUGCACGCUACUUUGGCAAGUGGCGAUGUCGACCUAUGCCUCGUCCCGGAGUCCUCAUUUGAGAUCGAGGAGAUCAUGAACCAUUUAGAAGCCAAGUUACGAGAAAAUAACCACGCUCUCGUGGUCGUCGCGGAGGGCGCUGGACAAGCUCAAAUGGGGGCGUCCGUGAAAUUUGAUGCCUCGGGCAAUGCGCUCAAUGAGGACGUGGGCCUCUGGCUGAAAAGCGUUAUCACUCAACAUUUCGCUGCUGACAGAUAUGAUACGGACCCCGACUUCGCGGGCAAGAAGGCCAAGUGCUUUUUGGUCGACCCCACGUAUGCGAUCCGGGCGGUCCCCGCGAACGCGUAUGAUCAAGUCUACUGUUCGUCGUUGGCGCAUGCCGCCGUGCAUGGUGCGAUGGCCGGAUAUACCCGUUUUUUGGUGGGAAACAUCAACACGCGCUUGGCGAUGCUUCCUUUGGAUUUGGUCGUGAAUCGGAGGAACAUCGUGGCGAUUCGCGAUCGCAUGUGGACUAGGUUACUCUUCUCGACGGGCCAGCCGCCGUUUGAUGCGGUGGUCACGUCGGACGACGAGUGCGACGCCGAGGGGUUGUAUCGUUCGGAAACGGCGACGGGCGGCUGCACGGUGUCCUUCGGGGACGAGUACUAGUGCUCCUAAGGGUGGUUUGUGUC